UUGAUAAACUUCCCCAGGUAAAUUGCAUGAAAGAUUUCGAAGAAUUUUUUAUUUUGUUUAUAGACGGCUGAAUUCUGAAAUCAGCUGGUUGUAAAUAAUCUCGCCUUAUGAUUAAUACGACUAAAUAUUGUACAAUACCGGAUGACCUCCAUUCCACGUGAUAAUAACCUCUUAAUUUGCAUACAUUUUUUUUAUUUGCCUUGUUUGAUAUAUGCUCUUGAAAUGUUCAUAUUUCUUUUCUUCAAAAUAUCUAUGCCUACUGAAAAAAAACCUACCAUACCGUUAAAGUGUUAGAAAAAUCACGAGAAACUGACUAUAACAAAUAGGCUUAUUAAUAUGCAUGCAUACGUCAUUAUGUUUGUAAACAUAGAAUUAACGUACGACAUCUCAGCGAAUGUAAAUGCAGUUUAAACCGGUUAGAGACUCUAGCAGUAUUUCUACUCUGUGGUGAAGGAAUGGGUAUCAUUCGCGGUUAAGCAGUAGCAAGGAUAACACCGAAAUGUCUGCCGAUGUCUUGAAGCCCCCGAGUGGCGUGCCCCUCCCAGAGAAACCCAUACCUUUGGAAGACCCCUCGGAGUAUCGACCUGAGCACAAAAAGAAAGAGGAUUUCAGGAAUUUUAACAUCCACACCACCCCAGCUCAUGUGGUGGAGACGUACAGGCAGAUGCACACCCAUCAAACACUGGCUUAUGUGCGAAACAAAAUGGAACACUGGGGAAAAUUCAAUCACGCUGAAAUGACAAUGAUGGAGGCUCUUGCGUGCUUGAAUUCAUUCAAAGACGAAAGUGACCCAGAUGUAGACAUUCCAAAUGCCUUCCACGCUUUCCAAACUGCUGAGGGAAUUCGGGAGAAACACCCGGAUAAGGAAUGGCUACAAGUGACUGGUCUUAUUCACGACCUUGGCAAGGUGAUGGCCCUUUGGGGAGAGCCACAAUGGUCCACCGUCGGGGACACGUUUGUUGUAGGAUGUGCCCCAGACGACAGUAUAGUUUUUGGACAGGAAAGUUUCAAAGAUAACCCCGACAUGCAAGACGACAAACUGAAUACGAGGCUGGGCAUUUACGAGGAGAAUUGUGGCUUGGACAAGGUUUUGAUGUCUUGGGGACACGACGAGUACCUCUACCGCGUGCUUCUGCAGCACCCCCACAACUUACCAGAGGAGGCCCUCUAUAUCAUCCGGUUCCAUUCCUUCUACCCCUGGCACACCUGCAAUGCCUACAAUUACCUCUGUAGCAACAAGGACCUAGAAAUUAAGAAGUGGGUACUGGAGUUUAACCAAUUCGACCUGUACACCAAACGCUCAGACCUCCCGGACGUGGAGAACCUCACCAAAUACUAUUCUAAGCUGGUAGAGAAGUUCGUGCCGGGAAAAGUUCGAUUCUAGAGACCCUGCAGAGUAUCCAGGAUAUUCUAUUUUAUAACCAGAUCAUGAAUACAUAUGCAGUUUUAUGUAAAUGAAUUAUUUCAUGGUAUUUAUAGAAUCAUUCUAUGAAUGACUUAAAUUUGGCAGUGAUGGUGCUGAUUCUAUUGACUUGUUUCAGAAGCAACUCAAAUAAUCUAUGCAGUUUUAAUGUAUAAAAACAUUGUGCACUUCA